GAAAGGCUUUGGAAUUCCCGCCCGCAAGAGACUCGGGGUGUUCAGCGCGCCGCCCGCUGGGACCCAACGCGCUGACGCCGUGGUCAGGGGCGCGGUCACCCGUGUUCCACGGUUCGCUCUGUCCCCUCCGCGGACCUCGGCUCUGGCUCGCUAGGCCUGCGGCCUCAGUUUCCCCAAGCCCCUCGGCCCCACGUGCCCCAAGCACCGAGCUCGGUGAGGCCCCGAGACCCUCAGCGACCUGCCCCAAGUGCACAGCGCGCGGUUGAGAAGAAGGGUCCUUUGGGGUCGCAUUCCCCCCGCUGCCCACCCUGCAGUCUCCAGCCUGGUCUGCCCAGGCCCAGACCCCUGGGACGCAUUGAAGCCUGACGGUUUCAGUAGGAGGCUCUGCCAGUGACCAUGCAGGUGGCCUUGGACGUUUACCCAACGCCUCCGAGCCCGUUUCCUCGCCUGCAGAAGGCGUGUGAUGCUGCCUACCUUGCAAGGUGCCAAUAGGAGUGAAUCCUGCACAUUGCGCAUACUCUGCCUGGCCUCCAGGCGGAGCCUGGAGCCUGGGUGCCGACCACACGUCGGUCCAUCACCAACCAGGACAGGAGCCAUAAAGAGAUAGCAAGGAGCGCAGAAUCCAUACCGGGCUCGCGGUGCGUGCGCCAGUGUGUAUUUGUAGGGGUCGGCCCAGACCAGGAGCUGCUGCGUAGCAAUAAUAUCUGGCAUUUACGCAGCGAGGCCUCCGCGCCAGACACUGUUCUAAUGCUUAUCCCAUCCUCCUUAAGACCUCAGGGCAACCCUGUAUGGUGGUGAUAACUCUGGCCAGUAAGAACCCCUAUCCUUAACCCCAUUGUGCAGACGCAAGACUGAGCAAGCGUGGAGACAUUCUGUGGGAAGAAGCAGGGUGGCUCUCCCCAGCUCUCAGGCCAAAGCCAAUCAUGAAAAUCUGGAUGGGGGCCGGCCUGCGUGUCGGGGAGCCGCCCAGUCCCCCUCCAUCGGGGUUACCGGGCGCCGGCCUGCGACUGCGGACUGCGCAAGCGCGCCUUUGGGGCAGCUCCCCGACGCGCGGUGCCUGCCGCAGCCGGCAGCGCGGUGGAGGCAGCGCCAUGGUCGCCGCGAGUUUUGGCUGCUGGCUCUGCGUGGGGGGCUCCCGCCCCCGCCCCGGGGUGGCCGGCACGGUCAUUCCGGUCGGCCGGACUGUCAUACAGACCUCCAUGAGCCGGUCCCAGGUAGUCCUGCUGGGCCUGAGCCUGCUGCUCAUGCUGCUACUGUACAUGGGGCUGCCAGGCCCCCCUGAGCAGACCUCCCGGCUCUGGGGAGACGCCAAUGUCACAGUCCUGGCUGGUCUCACCCGGGGCAACUCCCCCAUCUUUUACCGUGAGGUGCUUCCGCUCCACCAGACACACAGGGUGGAGGUGGUGCUGCUCCACGGAAAGGCCUUUAACUCACACACGUGGGAGCAGCUGGGCACACUGCAGCUGCUGGCACAGAGGGGCUACCGGGCUGUGGCCCUUGACCUCCCAGGUUUCGGGAACUCAGCACCUUCAAAGGAGGCAAGCACUGAGGCAGGGCGGGCGGAGCUGCUGGAGGGAGUACUGAGGGACCUGGAAGUGCAGAAUGCCGUGCUGGUGAGCCCCUCACUGAGUGGCCACUAUGCCCUGCCCUUCCUGAUGCGUGGCCACCACCAGCUGCAUGGAUUUGUGCCCAUCGCACCCACCUCCACCCAGAACUACACCCAGGAGCAAUUCUGGGCCGUGAAGACCCCAACUCUCAUCCUGUAUGGGGAGCUGGACGGAAUCCUGGCUCGGCAGUCGCUGCAGCAGCUCCGUCACCUACCCAACCACUCUGUAGUGAAGCUCCGGGACGCAGGCCACGCCUGCUACCUCCACAAGCCGCAAGACUUCCACCUUGUCCUCCUUGCCUUCCUUGACUACUUGCCUUGAGCUUGCCUACUGCCCAGGUUCCAGGUCUGGCCUGAGCUUGGAGGGUCAGGCCAGUCCCCACAGAGGCAGCCCCUAGGAUCCGAGAGCCAGGUCUAGUCAGGAACUAUCAUUUCAUCUCUCAAGCAGAAUAAAAAAGCAUUUUUGCAUA